UUACGCUUAUAUAUAAAUCGGUAAGCCUUUUAAUCAAUUUAGUACCGCACUUCAACUUGGUUUCCGGCAGGAGCGUCUACAGCGUGCCUACAGUUUUCGACGGCUUCUAAUUCUGUAAAAUGGAAAAGCUUCUGUUCUUUCUCGGAGUGGUAGCCGUGGUUGCUGCUGAUAACACGCGUGUUGAAUUCAAGUUGUACAAUUAUACAAGCAGCGGUACUUUACACAAUGGCGAUAAGUGCGAUAUCGGAACCCACUGUGAUCCUCGCCUGAAAGGUUACGUUGAUACCGAGAAGCCCGACGCUCCGUGGCCGGGACCACUCCCCAUGGAAAAGUGGGCUUUGAUCUACGAGGGUCUCGAUAUUGCCAAUACCGCCCGUCUGAAUAAAAUUGUAUCCCGUGAUUUCUGCGCUUCUCCCUACAAGAAGUCGAAUUUGCGUGUUCAGGUGGACGAAAUUGAUCCAACCCGUGUUGACAAAAUGGAGCAGUUUAUGUGUUUGAGCGGAAGAGAUGUUGCCCGUAGUGAAAGAUCUGCUGAGUGGUCAGACCCGAAAUCCUGUGAUGCCCAUUAUUUCCCACGCAAAAAUAAGCUCCUCUACAGCUGGCGAGCAUACCCGAUUUCUUCAUCUGCUUGUGGCAAGACCCUUUAAAAUGUUGACCGCUCUCAAAUCGCAUCAUUGUAAAUGUGAAGUGCACUGCGUAGAAUUGUGCCAUAUUAAAAUUCUGAUGACACGAAUUUCUGAACACGCUUUGGUGGUUUUCAUUUGCGGGUAAUAAAAUCAGGAUGAAUAACAAAAUGAAA